UCUGCAGCAUCCUCUGUCCUUUCUUCUCUCUCUCUCUCUCUCUCUAUCUCUCCCCCAAAAAGCCAAAGCCCUCCAAAUUCCACUACAUAGGAAAAUAAGUCACUUUCUCUAUCUAAAAUGGCCCAGCUGGGCCAAAACUUAUGGAGAGGAGGAGAAAAACAAAAGAGAAAGAUGGCAAGGAUAGAUAUGUCUUCAAAUGUCCUCCAACUCCAACCACACCUCUUUCUCAAAGACCAUAUUUUUACUUCCCACAAUUGCCCUUCUGUACAUUCCAUCUUCAUCACUCAUUACUUUGUAUUCUUAUCUCCGACCUUCAUGGGCCUUUUCGGGUUCUCACAAAUCGCAGAGUUUCAGACCCAAACAGAUAUGAUCCAACUGGAUACACAAAACCAUCUCUCUCCAUAAUUGCUUUUUAUUAUUAUUAAUUAUUAUAUUCCCUUCCCUUCCCUCUCCCUCUCCCUCUCCUCGUCUCUCUAGAAUCGCAAACCUUAUCUCCUUUUUCGAGUUGGUUUUGCGUUUUCUUUGCUUAAUCUCCAAGGUUUUAGCUUUAUUUUUCCCCAAUGGAGUUUGAUUUUUGACAAGAUUAUGAAAGGGUAAUUUUUGGGUCCCUAAAAUAUCCGAAUUUUAUUUCCUAAUUGGAUGCGGAUUUCUAUUUUCUUUGCUAUAUAGCAGAGUUUAAUGGUCAAAGAUUCCACAUUUGAGAAGGAGAUGAAAAGGGGUUCACUGGAUUUUGAUCACUUUUCUCUCUGGAGUCUUGUUGGGUAUGGUGCUUAAUUUGCAAUUUUGAUGCUGGGAUGCAAUUCUGAAGAGAGAGAUGAAAAGGGUUGCUGUUAAUUCUCAUAAAUCUCAGCCUGUUGAUGAGGAAGCUAGGGUUAAUUUUAGACAUGAAAGUCUUCUGCAAGAUUACCUUGAACGACAAAAGGAAUUUGUAUCAAAGAAGAAGAAAUUGCAUGCAGCAAGGCAGAAAAGAGACAUCCUUUUAGGUGAAAUUCGAUUUUUGAGACGAAGGCAUAGGCAUCUGCUGAAGAUAAAAUCAGCAGAGACUGAACCAGAAGUCCAACAACAGAAGUCUGACAUACAACCUAAGAAGUUUUCGAGGAAAAGGAAAAGUGAUGCAAAUGAAGCUGUUCUAAAUAAACCAUCCCAAGUCUCGCCAGAAGGAGGAGGUGAACAAAUUGUUUCAGAGCCCAUAAGAGUAGAGAAGAAGCCUAAAAAUUGCCUAGUUGAUGACAAAAAAGUUGGAAAGAAAAAAAUUACUUUGCAAGAUCAGGUUGCUUUGAAUGUUUAAAUUCCAGGCCAUGGAGAAAAUACUCUGUUUUAGUGGGAGCCUCAUCGUCAUUGAUAAAGAUAAAUAUAAUUCGUCUUUUUUUA